GUGUAGUUGAUGUAGCUGUAAAUGUAGUUUUAGUUCUAGUUUUACUUGUACUAAAUACUAGUUACCAAUGUCGUCCUAGCCUCUUUUUUUUGAACAUUCAGAUAACACGAGCAUAUCACUACUUGAACGUGUAUGAACCAGUUUUCUCAAAGCUCUUCUAGAACGUCAUUUGUACAAUUUCAGGAGUUUCUGGGCCGGUUUUCAUCGAUGAAAAUGGUGACAGAGCACUAAGCCUCCAAAUGAAGAACUUCCAUAAUGGCAAGAUGCAGCGUGUAGCGAACUACUUCCGACAUUCAGAGAAACUCGAGUUUACCAACAGCAGCAUGUAUUGGCCGGGAGGGACUGUAAACGCUCCAAAGGGAAGACCUGACUGUGGCUUCGAUAAUGAAUUCUGCGUUUCUCCAGUGGUUUGGAAACUUGCUGUCUACGUACUCUCGGCAUUUAUUGCUCUAAUAAUUUGUAUGGCAGCCCUUCUUAUAUGUUAUAGGAGGAAGGCAUUCGAAGUAUCACUUCAGAGCCAACAAUGGAAAGUCUCUUCAGCUGAUGUGAAAUUUACAAGAAAACCGCCGGAUGGGAGAAGUAUAAUCUCAAUGUUUAGUGGAAGUUUUGGUGAGGUCAGUUUGUCUUCGAAGAUAUUUGAUGACGAUGAAUUGCGAGGACAAGUAUUUACUAACGUGGCAAUUUACAAGUCCACCGUGGUAGCGGUUAAGAAGCUGAGGAAAACACACGCCCAUCUGUCCAGAACAAUUCUUAUGGAACUAAAAGAGGUGUACGAUCUCCAACACCCGAACAUCAAUCGAUUUAUUGGUGCGUCCGUGGAUUCGCCAAACAUAUGGAUUCUAACACAAUACUGCAACAAGGGAAGUUUACAGGAUGUUUUGAACAACGAAAAAUUGAAGUUGGACUGGAUGUUUCAAAUGUCCUUUGCUUCCGAUGUUGCUAGAGGGAUGUGCUUUUUGCACAAAAGCUCGAUUGGUUGCCAUGGUGAUCUUCGAUCGUCUAAAUGUGUCAUAGAUAGCCGAUGGGUUUGUAAAAUAACUGACUUCGGGCUAGAAAAGUUUAAAGGAGGACAGAAAGCCAACUCGUACAUUGGCCUCGAUGCAGAAUAUCAUCGGUUAUUAUGGCGAGCCCCGGAGCACUUGGAUGAAAAAAAGAGUUCGUCUAGGUCACAAAUGGGAGACGUGUACAGUUAUGGCAUUAUUUUACAAGAAAUUCUUCUCAGAGGUCUUCCAUAUUGUAGGAAUGACUUUAUGGAAGCAAAAACAAUUGUCAACAAAGUAAGAAAAUCAGAAACUCCUCCAUUCCGUCCACUGAUUCCAAGUACCUUUGGUGAUGGUCUUUAUAUAAAAAUGAUGAAUUCUUGUUGGGAUGAAGAUCCCAGCGUAAGACCAAGGUUCAGUGAUAUUCUCCUGACAAUUAAGAGGAUUAACAAUGGAAAGGACAUCAACAUAAUGGAUAAUAUGAUUUUGUUGAUGGAAAAAUACACAGAUCAUCUAGAGGAAGUGGUGCGAGAAAGGACUGAACAACUGGAAGAAGAAAAACAGAAGACGGACGCUUUGUUGUACAGAAUGUUACCUAAGAUUGUAGCAGAGCAACUGAAACGCGGUGAGCCUGUCACAGCAGAGUCCUUUGAUCAGGUCACCAUAUUCUUCAGUGACAUCGUGGGUUUCACUUCAUUGGCUGCCAUAAGCAAACCACUACAGAUUGUAAACCUGCUGAAUGACCUUUACACCUGUUUUGAUAACAUUAUUGACUGUCAUGAUGUUUAUAAGGUUGAAACAAUUGGAGAUUCUUACAUGGUGGUAUCUGGACUACCAAACCGAAAUGGUAUCAAUCAUGCAGGGGAGAUUGCAAACAUGUCUUUGGAUCUGCUGAGUGACAUGUGCUGCUUUAAAAUUAAACAUCUGCCAGAGAAACAGCUACAGUUAAGGAUUGGUAUCCAUUCCGGUUCAUGUGUAGCUGGUGUUGUUGGUCUUAAAAUGCCACGAUAUUGCCUGUUUGGUGAUACCGUCAAUACGGCCUCGCGAAUGGAGUCUAGUGGACUUGCUCUCAGGAUUCAUGUGAGUUCUCAAUGCAAGUCUUUAUUGGAUGAUAUUGGCGGUUACUACACAGAGGAGAGAGGCUGGACUUCAAUGAAGGGAAAGGGGACAAUGCUGACGUAUUUCCUGAAUGGGCGUGAGGGUUUUAAGAAACCGUUACCAGAUCUCAGUAAAGCAGCUUCUCUGGAAGAACAUACAUUCAAGUGAACCAAAGGCAAGAAAGCUAAGAAUUUAAACCAAAAGGAGGAAGAUCUGAAAAGACAAAACAAAGAAUAGUGCACCCGGUGGCGACACGAAUAAAUAACUGCAACAUCAGUAUAAGAAAAAUAAUAACAUUGUGGUCCGUCUUCAUGAAAUGCUAGUCGUAACAUGACUUGGACACAAUGAAUAUAUCAAUAUCUUCAUUGUAAUGUAAUGAAAUCAAACGUGUAAUGUCCUCAAUUUAAUCGGUUAUUUCCGAGUUACUUUUUGCUUCUGUUUUAAAACGAUUUUUCGUGCAAAACCUUUUACACGUGAAAAUGAGUUUGAUUUGCACGAAAAUGAACUUGUAGGCGGAACACCUUUUCAUACCAAUGGUUUCCCACGAAGACUCGUUUUAAAGCAGAGGCACAGGGUAACUCGCAUAUGGCCUAUUGAUAAAACUUGAUGGCAAAAGUAAUAGACUUACCUUCAUUAUAUUUCUAAAUAUUAUGUAUCGAUAACACUAUUUUUUUACAAAAAUAGUAAAACUUAAUUUUUUUUAAUUAAAAGAAACUAUGAAAUAUACAUUUUUACUCUCGUAUAGGAUAUUGUUUUCAGGUGAUCUCAGAAACAACUUAACAUUAUAGUCAUACGUAACUACUAUAUUUACAUUAAAAUAAGAACGCAGGCGAAAAUUGUACCGUUUAUAGUUCAGGUUAAUUUUGCCCUUUAAAAGAUACCAAAAUAAAUAUACUAUAAUACACAUACACUUGUUUUCAUUGGACGAACCCCGCUGGGCGAGCACGAUUUGUAGGACCAGCGUAAAGCGCGAUGGAGCGUGAAACGUAAGGGACCUUGUAACGAGCUCAAAGCAACGGCACGCGGGGAAUGACGAAAAUGAGAAAAAAAAGAAUAUUAUUCCCCUGUAUCUAUCUGACAAUUUAAUGAUGGUUUCCAUAGGAUCGUUGCACCGCAAAAAACGUGGAGCGAUCCUUACGGCGUCGCUCGCUUACCAGCUUACAGAGACCGCUACGAUUGCUACAGAAUAACAAACUCACUAGAGGGCCUGGUAUAUUGAUGGUUUGCACCGAAUCCCAAGGGAUUCAAAUGACAAGAGCCUGGCAGCCAUGUUGGAUGACAACAAGGGGGAUUCAUGCUGA